GAAACGCUGUGCUGCAUCACAGUUCCGUGCGGGCCUUUAUGUUUUCGGAUGGGCCUCGGUUUGUUCGUCGCGGCCCGUGAAUAGCAUCAGAAAGCGACAUCCCGCUUGACCUAACUAUCGCAUCCGUUCGUCCAACUCUGAUUUCGGCGGCGAGAAGAACGAUCGAUCAUUAUCCAUCGCUCUGUAACGGACCUCAUCUUUAAUGGCAUUAAUACGGACGCUCAGAUCGAGCCCUUCAAUGCGUCGUCUCCUUUGGCGUAAUCUCCUCUAUAAAUUGGUUGGUAUUCAUCUUUCUGGAGAUCUUGCUCUUCUCAUCUCUCUGCUGCUCAUCCUUUUUUCACGAUCUCAACUCAUCUCUCUAAAUGGCCAUCUCUAGGGUGUUUUUUUCCGAUUUGAAGACCGGGAAGUGUUCAUCUGUUGUGGAGGCUAGGCUGCUGAGGUACUGGGAGGCUAGGAACGUUAAGCGGGGUUGGGAGCUUAUGUGGGUGGAUAUGCUGUUGGUCGAUGUUAAUGCAACCAUGAUGCAGGCCACAAUCAGCGCUCACCGUGUCCCACGGUACCAAGAAAGACUUACUGCCGGUGCAAUGUAUUCCAUGGCUGAUUUUGAUGUCGCUAGAUGUGCUCAGAACUUCCGACUUUGUGAUUCUUCAUUGAUGAUCCGGUUUAAUGAGUCUACUUCUUUUGACGAGAUAGAUGAGCCGGUCUCUGCGUUGCCUGAGGAAGCAUUCCGGUUCCGUGACCAGUCGGAGCUGAUUGGUUUGGCCAAUACAAGCACACAGUUACCAGACAUCAUAGGAGAGAUCCUUAGCGUCAAGAGUACUGUUACUGACCCUCCGGAGGAGAAGAAUCGUGCUAUGCCAUAACGAUCAACAAGAGCCAAGGCCAAAGUCUGAAACAAGUUGCUUUAUAUCUUCCUCGCCCUGUUUCAGUUGUACGUUGCUAUGUCUCGACUCUCGAGUAACAACGUUUAUAAGGAGAUCUUCAAGGAUAUUCAGACAACGCAGGUUAGAUCUAUACGCUAAGAUAGUACAUCCAUAUCAACUUAAUUUCGAUCACAAGAACUGAUAACACCCAUUGCUUGGCACUGGUGCUGAAACUUUUCAUUCCUUGCAGUGAAAGCAACCGGCCCUACUGCUCGGAUGUUUUGGAAACAAUUCACGAAGACUACAAUCAUCAUCCAAUCCAAUGCUUCGGCGAAAACAUCAGUUGCAAGACUAUAAUCCCAAUUAUUUUGACUCUUCACUCUGUUUUCUUUUUACAUUUCCUCCGCAUACGACUCUUACUUUAAACUACGAGUUUUUCAAUUGAUAUCAUAGUUUAACUUUUAUUAGUUUUUUUUGUUAAUUUUAGAGUUUUUUGUAUUUAAGAUUUUUUUUCCAUAUUAAACUUAUAUUUCUUUCACAUAAUAUAUAUAUGUCAUAAAAAUUACCAUCAAAUCAGUUUUUAAAUAAUUUA